UCGGCAUCCGUAGCUCGUUCAGUUGGGGCUGUCAGCUGAACUCUCGUCAUAUGACCGGGAGUGUCGGUUCUCCUUUCUCCGCUCGGUGGCUGACUGCGAAUCGUCCGCCUGCGAAUCGUCUGCCGAUCCCGGGGCUUUGGUUGCCGGGCUUCCUAAGAGAGGUUUUAAAUUACAGUAAUUAUGGAUAUUCGGGGUGCUGUUGAUGCUGCUGUCCCCACCAAUAUCAUUGCUGCUAAAGCAGCUGAAGUUCGGGCUAAUAAAGUAAAUUGGCAGUUGUAUCUACAAGGGCUAAUGAUUUCAGGAGAAGACUGUGAAUUCAUUCAAAGAUUUGAACAAAAACGGGCUCCAGAAGAAAAGCAAGAAUUAAUACAAACAGAAGGCAAUCAAUGUGCUAAAACAUUCAUAAGUCUGAUGACUCAUAUCUCCAAGGAACAGACAGUUCAGUACAUUUUAACUAUGGUUGAUGAUAUGCUGCAGGAGAAUCACCAGCGAGUUAGUAUUUUCUUUGACUAUGCAAAGCGGGACAAGAACACUGCAUGGUCUUAUUUCCUGCCAAUGUUGAAUCGACAGGAUCUUUUCACUGUGCAUAUGGCUGCCAGAAUUAUUGCUAAACUAGCAGCUUGGGGACGGGAGCUGAUGGAAGGCAGUGACUUAAAUUAUUACUUCAACUGGAUUAAAACUCAGCUUAGUUCACAGAAACUACGUAGUACUGGAAGUGCUAAUGAACCUGGAACUGAUAGUUCACAAUAUGUCCAAUGUGUUGCUGGGUGUUUGCAGUUGAUGCUCAGAGUCAAUGAAUACCGUUUUGCAUGGGUAGAAUCAGAUGGAGUAAACUGUAUAAUGGGAGUAUUGAGUAACAAGUGUGGUUUCCAGCUUCAAUAUCAGAUGAUUUUUUCUGUCUGGCUCUUGGCCUUCAGUCCCCAAAUGUGUGAACACUUGCGACGUUACAAUAUUGUUCCUGUUUUAUCUGACAUCCUUCAAGAGUCUGUAAAAGAGAAAGUAACCAGGAUCAUUUUGGCAGCAUUUCGGAAUUUUCUAGAAAAGUCCACUGAGAGAGAAACCCGCCAAGAAUAUGCUCUUGCCAUGAUCCAGUGCAAAGUACUGAAGCAAUUAGAAAAUUUGGAGCAACAGAAAUAUGACGAUGAAGAUAUAAGUGAGGAUAUAAAAUUUCUGUUGGAUAAACUUGGAGAGAGUGUCCAGGAUCUCAGUUCUUUUGAUGAAUAUAGUUCAGAGCUUAAGUCGGGAAGACUGGAAUGGAGUCCUGUUCACAAAUCUGAGAAAUUCUGGAGGGAAAAUGCUGUAAGAUUAAAUGAAAAGAAUUACGAACUGUUGAAAAUUUUGACAAAACUUUUGGAAGUAUCAGACGAUCCUCAGGUUUUGGCUGUAGCUGCUCAUGAUGUGGGAGAAUACGUACGACACUAUCCUCGAGGAAAACGUGUGAUUGAACAGCUUGGUGGAAAACAGCUUGUGAUGAAUCAUAUGCAUCAUGAAGACCAGCAGGUUCGCUACAAUGCCUUACUUGCUGUGCAAAAGUUGAUGGUUCAUAAUUGGGAAUAUCUUGGAAAACAGCUACAGUCAGAACAGCCUCAAACAGCUGCAGCACGAAGCUGAGCCUCAACUCUCUUUGCUGAGAAUAAUCAUAAUUGCUACAAGUACCUUCAAGUACACAGAAGAAAAUAAUGUAGUUGAAGUCCCUUUAGCUGUCUGCUACUGUGAGCUUUCCUUCCAAUAAAUCUUCCAAUCUUGUUGCCUGAAGGGCCUUGUCUUGUAAAUCAUUUCAUUUGCUAGCAAGAAUACAACAGAAUAUCCAAGAUAGCUAAUGUGUAAUGUCUUUAUUUUAUGUAUUUAUUGUCUUAAAAAAAUAAAGAAUAAUUAUUCCUUA